GGGCUAGAAACCGCAGGGGCUUAAAGACAGCCCGGGAGUGCGGUCGCUCAGCUGGAGGAAGGAGACAGCUCCAAGCCCCCAGGGAGAGGCCCUACAGAGAUGGAGAAGAAGGAAGGGAAGCCCUCUGAGGACGGGACCCCUGUGUCCCCAGCCACGGAGGUCCCGGAGACAGUGGGAGGCGGAGCCUCUGCUGAGGAGGAGGCCACAGGCCCAGCUGAGAGGACCAUCACAGAGGGGCCUCCAGAUGGGGCAGGAAAGCAGGAGAGGGCACCAGCUGAGGACAGCAUUUCAGCGGAAUUCCAGGGGGAAUCCAAAGGGGAGGCUGAACUUCAAAAGGAGGACAGUGGGAAGCAAGAGACCACCGUGGCUCCUCAGGAGAUGGCUGAGAGGAAGGAAGAGACCAACUCUGAACCCAAGGAGGCUGAGGGAAAAGAGGAGACCACGUUGGCCUCUGAGAACCAGAAGGCUGAUGAGAAAGAGGCCAAGCCUGGAUCUAGGGAGAAAGCCAACGUGAGUGAUGAGGCACAGGCUGAGCCCAAGGCUGAAGCCCAGGAGAAAGCCAGUGCUCCAGAGACCAAGUCAGACUCUCAGAAGAAGACUGCCGUGGAAGAUGAGGCCAAGCCUGAACCACAGGAGGAGGUGGUGAAGGAGGAGGUGAAGGAGGAGGCGGAGCCAGGCUGUCCUGAAGAACAGGACCAGGGUGUGGAGGAAGAGUCAGAGGAAGGGGCAGGAGUGCUUCCCAGCUCCGCCGAGGAAUGGCCCGAGAGCCCCACGGAGGAGGGCAGCGGCCUCAGCCCAGACGGGCUGGGUCCAGACACCGCAGCUUCCGGAGAGACCAGUCCUUCAGCCAGUGAAUCUUCACCCAGCGAUGUGUCCCAGAGUCCCACGGAGCCCCCUCCCUCCCAGGAGAAGAAGAAAGAGAAGGCACCAGAGCGCAGGGUGUCAGCCCCUGCCCGGCCCCGGGGGCCCCGUGCCCAGAACCGCAAAGCCAUCGUAGACAAGUUUGGGGGGGCAGCCUCGGGCCCCACGGCCCUGUUCCGGAACACCAAGGCCGCGGGGGCAGCCGUCGGCGGCGUUAAGAACAUGCUCCUGGAGUGGUGCCGGGCCAUGACGAGGAGCUACGAGCACGUGGACAUCCAGAACUUCUCCUCAAGCUGGAGCAGUGGCAUGGCCUUCUGUGCCCUCAUCCACAAGUUCUUCCCCGAUGCCUUUGACUAUGCUGCGCUGGACCCCGCCAAGCGCCGGCACAACUUCUCCCUGGCCUUCUCCACAGCCGAGGAACUGGCCGACUGUGCCCAGCUGCUGGAGGUGGAUGACAUGGUGCGGCUGGCAGUGCCCGACUCCAAGUGCGUCUACACCUACAUCCAGGAGCUGUACCGCAGCCUCGUGCAGAAGGGACUGGUGAAGACCAAGAAGAAAUGAGGGAAGAAAUGAGGGGCUGACCAACCCUGUGGGCAGAGGCGGGCAGGGGGCCCAGCUGACCAGCCGUGGCCCAGAGGCUCACUUCUGCUCAUGGUGGCAGCAGUGCUGGGGCUCAGACAAGGGCAGAUGGCACCAGUCUUAACUACAUGAAAAGUUCUUUUGUAAAAUCCGGUCUAGCCCCUUAGUGCUCCCUCCCUACCCCACCAGCAACAUCUCUCACUCGGAUAAUAAACCCCGGCCGCCAGGGUUCCUCA